UCACUCACCACUACCUUUACAUACAAAGUAUACAUAUACAUAUCAAUCAUCUGUUCAAUGUGGGUGUAGGGAUUGUCAAAAACGCUACUGUAUUGUGUUUUUUUUAUAAAAUACAAAAAUAAUUUAGAUUUAGUUUAAUAGAAGUACAAAUAAAAUCCUCUGUGUAGUAUAAGAGAUAGUGUACCAGUGUUUUUGUUUUUCGUGACGUCAUUGUUUUCAAUUGCCAGUUAAACUACGCAAUUACAUUGUUUUGCAGAAAUGGAUCUAAAAUGAGAAAUAUUUUAGUUAAAAAGGUCCUGGUCAAAUAUGUCAGCGGAUUCACCGCGGCACGUGCGCUCUGGGGGGCCUAUGAUUGUGCCAUCGCAGCCCCCAAGUGACAGAGGCCUUAUAGAUGCAGUGUCAGGGUUUAUUAAUGACGUCACACUCUCCUCAUCCUCAAAUGUAGACCCCAAAGAUGUAAUUCAAUGGGCUAGAUUCGAGACCGCUGAUAUAAAUGAGCCUACACCUGAAGGUGACAGUGAUAAGGAUGUGUCACCAUUACUGCUCAUCUUGGGCUACGGUUCCGGAGUGCAAGUAUGGUUGAUACCAAACUCUGGGGAGGCCCAGGAGGUGCUCUCGUGGCGGCAAGGCACAGUGAGGGUGCUCCGUAUACUGCCCACUCCGCAGCACGGCGAUUGCUUUGCGUCGAAGAGGCCCCUCAUCGCCUUGUGUGAUUCAGCAAGCCCUGGACCCACAUUUUGCUCGCUCAGUUUCAUUUCAAUAAGAGGAGGAGAACAGGUAAAGAGUAUUAAAUUCAAGAACCCUAUCCUGGAUGUGCUCGCCAACAAGCGGUCCGUGGUGGUGUCGUUCGCGGAGCGAUUCGCAGUGUUCGAUGCAUCGUCUCUGGAGGACCGACUUGCGGUGACCACGUGCUACCCAUGCCCUUGUCCCCUCGGCGGCAGCGCGCCAGUUAACCCGCUGGCUUUGGGAGAUCGCUGGAUUGCCUACGCAGACAAGAAAUUAAAUCCCUCGAAAAGGAGCAGUGGAGGAUGUGAAGGCGAAGGCGUGACAAGCUACACAGCGACAGUGCUCCACGCGGCGAAGUCGCUGAGCAAGGGUCUGCGGGGUCUAGGCGAGAGCGUGGCUCACAGCCUGGCGGGACGCAGCGCCUCGCAGUCACCCUCACCGCCCCACGCCGACACCCAGCAGCCGGGAGUCGUCACUAUACUCGACAUUGAGGGUAACGAAGACGAGGACGGUCAGGGCAACGAGGAGCCAUGCGAUCCGAUAGUGGCACACUUCGUGGCGCACUCGGAGGCGAUCAUCGCGCUGAAGUUUGACGCGAGCGGGAUGCUGCUAGUGACGGCAGACCGGCGUGGGCAUGACUUCCACGUGUUCCGCAUCAACCCGCACCCCUUCGGCCCCACGCUCGCCUCCGUACACCAUCUCUAUAUACUGCACCGUGGUGAUACAACCGCCAAAGUUCAGGAUAUAGCGCUGUCACCUGAUUCUCGUUGGACGGCGAUUUCUACGUUGCGUGGUACGACGCAUGUGUUCGCCAUCAGUCCGUACGGGGGCGCUUGCGGCGUGCGCACGCACACGCAGCCGCGCGUCGUCAAUCGACUCUCUCGCUUCCACCGCUCGGCCGGACUGCCCAUACACUCCGCUGCGCACGCGCACAGCCCGGUAUGUGAGAGUGGAUGGACGGGGUCUGUGAGCGGGCAGGGGCCGUGGUACCCCAACCCGCGACUGCCGCCAUUCCCUGCUCCCACAGUCACGCAGCCUCUGGCACAGCUGCGUCCCACCUCCAACUUGCCUACGCACACCAUCACCAGGACCAGCUCCGGUCGUCAGCGUCUAUCGUCUCUAUCAGAGGAGAGCAGCAGUGCUCCACUGUUGGCGCGCGCGUGCUUUGGCUCAGGCGGCGCGGGGGCUGCGGGGACUGCGGGCGCGGGGCGGGGUGCAGCUGUCUCGCUCUACCUCAUGGCAGCCAGCGGAUCUCUACUACAUCUCAUAUUGCACCCGAGACCAGCACGCAAUGUACCGAAGGAGAAGUUGUGCGACGAGUCUCCCGUGGAGUUGGAGGUGGAGCCGGCUGCGCAAUGGCCGCUGCAGCGCACGCCCGCCGCCGCAGAUCUGCUCGCACCACUCCCGCCCUCCAGCCCGCUGCUGCAGACCCUCUCCUGCAGGAGAUGUGUGGAGGUGUGUAUGAGCGAGGAGGAGCGGUGGCUGUCGCAGGUGGAGAUAGUGACGCACGCGGGCCCACAUCGCCGGCUCUGGAUGGGGCCGCAGUUCGUCUUCAAGACAUACAACUGCACCGGGUCAAACUCGUCGCUGUCAGAGGCGGAGACGGUGGAGGUGGAGGCGGGGGGACGCGGCGCGGCGCGCUCCACGCCCGUCAACAUGCCCGGCGCGCGCCCCGCUGUGCCUGUACUCAUCGACUCCGGCUCUGCUAGUUCUUUAGAACAUUCACCGUCGGACAGUUUCCGUCGCAAGUCUCUGCUGGCGGAGAGCGGACGCGCUUCCUGCGAUGUGCAGCUGCGUGAGGAUCUCGCUGAGGCCAUGAAGGAGGACCACGGGUGGGAGCGGGAACGGGAGCGGGAGCGGGAGCGGGAGCAGGCUAGCGAGCGCGCGGGCCGCAGCCCGGGAGUGGUGCGCGCCGUCAACCCGCGCGGGACCGUCGCCGUGCCGCUGGCGGAGGCCGCGCCGGCGCCGCUCGACCCCGACUCCUACACCACCUCCAACGCCGACGAGGCUACCUUCCGCCCCGUCGUGCGCGCCCCCGCCUCCCUGCCGCUGCAGCCCGACCUGCCCCUCAGACCUCUUCCUCGGACCACCACCAUCCCCGUCGAAAACGUUUCCCCACUCCCCCAUCUCUCUCCCGACGAAGUGCUCCCCCUCAACACGGACGUCAUCAUCCCGGCCGCUCUCAACGUAGAAAAUUGGCUGUCGGACAAUUUUGCUUCCAAUGACGUUGCUACGGAUAUACAUAGAUCGAAAAAUAUCGGUGGGCAGGUCCCACAGAAAGUAGAUAGAGACAAUGUAGAAGUUAAUUUAAGUAAGGAUCUCGAUAGCGAGGAGAUGCAGUGUAAGCGCGAUGUACGUGAGAGUUCCUCGGCGAAAGUCGAGUCGGAGUGCGAGGUUAAAACUAAAUCACUGCCAAAAUCGAAUAGGUCCUCGGAUGAUAUUCAACCGACGACCCGUAUUAGAUGUAAGAAAUCUCCCACCAAAUUGCCUGUUAGUGAGAAAGUUGCUAGUGACAUUAGUUUUAAGAAUAUUAAAAAAUCGGACGUUGAUAAUAAAUCAACAAAGGAUUGUGAGAAAGACAGAGAAGAGAAAAAGUCAUUUGCAGGUAUCAAAAAUAAGGAUGAUAAUCCUUUAAAGAAAGGCGAGUCACCGGCUAAAAGAUCUAAAGAUUUAGGCGAUAAAAAAGAGUUGAAAGAAGUUAAUGAAGCGAUACAAGUGCCACAUAAAUUUAUGCCUGAUGUUGAAAAACAAAGUGAAACUCAACCGAAACCAAUUAUUCGUGAUACCGAAAAACAUUGUGAUAUAGAAAUGAAACCAGCAUCAACCAGAGCAAAUGAUACAAAAACGAACAAGACUUCUAAACAAGAGUUUGACAUUGAACCAUUAAAUGCUAUCAAGGAAAAACAUAUUCCAGAAACCAUUAAUAAAAACGAGAAGAAAGCUUGCGACACGGCUUUAAAUGAUACAAAGAACACGAAAAAUGAAGAAUCUUCUUUGCUUACUAAAGAAAAUGAAGAUAUUAAAGUUAAAACAAAGAAAAGUCGAAAAACGCGAAAGACUCAAGAAGAUACUAUUGCAAAAGAUGACGAGGAUAGUUUUGUAGAAAUACACAAUAUAGAAGAAGAUACGCAAUCAGCGGACACGGGCGAAUUAGUUUCUAUAUCCUCACCAUUCGAAGAAUAUGAACCAUCGACCUCUUUCUUAUCUAAAAAUAAGAAGUCACGGUCUCCGAAAAUUAACAUUAACGAAGGAAAUGGCUACGAACAAAAUUUGGAAGAAGCUAUACGAGAAACUGAGCAAAUAACUAAAUCCAAAUCUCAUAAUAAUUCUGAUAUAAACAAAUCCGAAUUUGAUUUACUAUCUGAUUUUAGAUCGUUUAAAAAAGAAAACACAAGAAAAUGUUCGGCAAUAGAGAUAGUGAAUUUCGAAACUAGCGAAAGUAAAUUGUUAGAAGAAAUUAGUUGCUCAAUAGGCAAUGAAAAGACAUCAAAAACUAAAGCACAAUUACCAAGUAAAUCAGAAGAAGCAUCUGCAACAGAAUCUAAAGAAGUUUAUGUUAUAAAUACAACCGAAGACGAUUUCCCAGAUAUACAAAUAACAAGGGCUAACAAACCUCGGAAAAAAUCACCUCAGCCUACAGUAGACGCAAGCAAUGAUAGCAAAGCAAUCGCUAAAACACCUAUCAAAUCUUGGAGUACCAUAGCCGCAUCUAAAAAUGUUAAAAAGCCAGAAACAGAUAAAAAUGUAGUUCCAAUAGAGACGACUACUAAAAACAAUAAUAUAGAAGAUGAAAUGUUUAAACGAGAAGUACAAAAAUCUUCUAUACCUGUUGAAACAUCGCUGCAAGAGAAAUUAGUCGAGCUUUGUAAAAGGACAGAUAUAAUCGUGGCUGAAUGUGGUGAGCCGUCAGGUUUAAAUUUCGUAGAGGAACAUCAUUCUGUAAUACAGGAAGUUCCCCCAUUAGACGGUUUGGGUUUCGGCUUGGAUGAAUUCAAACUAGAGGUGAUGAAAGACAGCUUACUUGAAGUAGCAGAUGUUAAAGUUGAAAGUCCGAUUUGCAAAAUCACUUUAGACGAUAUACUGACAUCUAUGCAAGACAAUACAACUAAAGUGAUUGAAUCUAGUACAUUUAAUUUGAUUGAUAUUGAAAAGUCCCCUUUAAAGAAGGGUAAAAGUUGCAGUAUAAUUGAAACAGAUAAAAUUACUUCUCAGGAAGUAAAGAUAGAUGAAGAAGGGAAGUCAGAAAAAGACAAUGAAGUAAUGGAAAAAUCGUCUGAUGACGAUGUGACGUCACCAGUUGUAUCCACGGAUAGCGAUAAGGAUGAAAAGAAAAGUCCUUCAAGUCCAGCUCAGUCGUCAUCAAAGCAAUCUAAAUCUAAAAAAUCACGUAGAAAGAAAAAGUAAUAGGAAAUGUGUUCAGAUGUUUGAGCUUCUAUUUUACCCUAGGCUAUGAUAACGGAUAUUCGAAACUGCUGCUAUUAGGCAAAUAAUAUUUAGUUAAGUGUGGCAAUAAUAAAACAUGCACAUGUGAAAUUAAAAAAAAAAAUCAAAAACAUUAAACUGUGUUUAUUGCGUAAUAAUAAUUAUGUAGGACAAUUAAUAUAUCGCCUGUUGUGAGAAUUAGCGGUAAAUUAUCACAGUUUUAUCAUUAAAAAAAUCUUAUAAAAAAUAUAAAAGUAGCAAAAUAAUAAAAAAGGUGAAAGGAAAAUAACAAAAAAAGUAACUUCUGAAGGUGAUUUUACUUCAUUAAAAUGUAUACUCAAUUUUUAGAUUUUAUUAGGUAAAAAAAUUAUUAAUUUUACGUAAAACAUUUUAAUAAUUUUUAAUUAAUAAUAUUGUUUAAUUUUAAUUUAGCAACUUGCAAUGGUCAUGGGAAAUCAUGAUUUGUAUUUUUUGACUAGAAAAUUUUAGAAUUUAUCGAGGUUUGUUGUUGCAAAUGUUUGUUCUUGAUGAGAAUAGUUCACUGCAAGGAAAUCUUCAUCCUGUGUAUUCACAAGAGCGAAAUAGUUAAUGCCGUGCUUCUUAUGGUACUUAUUUCUUUAAUUUAUUUAGUUCAUAGAACGAUUAGGUUUAAAUGCUUUAUUUCACAUCAGAAUAAUACACGCUAUGUUAUCCACUAAUAUUUUUUUUAAUUAAUGAGGUUAGUAAGUCGUUCUUUUAUUCGAUUUAACUUUGCUGUACAAAGCAGAAUCUCUUAUUGUAUAAUUUCAAAAUUAUUUAUUAUAAAUA